GGACUGUGAUUGGCUGUUGCAAUAUAAACUGCAGUGACGUCAUCGUUGAUGUAGUGUCCUCCUCAUUAUUUGAGAGACCCUCGCCCGUCUGUCAUCACAGCCACAAACAGACAUGUCUGAUUUCACAGAGGACCAGAUUAUGGAGUUCAAGGAGGCCUUCCUUCUGUUUGACCGGACGGGUGAGGGGAAGAUCACCUACAGUCAGUGUGGGGACGUGAUGCGGGCCCUCGGACAGAACCCCGUCAAUGCCGAGGUGCUCAAGGUCCUGGGAAACCCCAAGCUAGAAGAGAUGAACUACAAGAUGAUGGACUUUGAGCAGUUCCUGCCCAUGCUUCAGGCCAUCGCUAAGAGCAAGGACCAGGGCUCCUUCGACGAUAUUGUAGAGGGUCUGCGAGUGUUUGACAAGGAGGGAAACGGCACAGUGAUGGGAGCAGAGCUGCGCCAUGUUCUCACUACACUGGGUGAAAAGAUGUCAGAGGAGGAGGUGGAGACUCUUUUAGCGGGACAUGAAGACGCCAAUGGCUGCAUUAACUAUGAAGAGCUCGUCCGGAUGGUGAUGAGCGGUUGAGGAUUUCAGAAACACACUUCCAGCUUUAAUUUUAUUCCUAAAUAUUUUUGUAUUGUUUGACCGUUCCAUCCAAGUCACCCUACCUCCAACAAGUCUGUCUUUUUCUUUUUUUGACAUCUUAUUUUGAAAGUGCCUUUUCUGUCUAAUGUGAAGAAACCCUCUCAUUUUCAGCCUCACAGGUUCAAUCGGCACGAAGGUCAAUUAUUUUACCCGUUCCAUUUUAGUUAAUCAGCUCGUCUUGCUGUCAAGUUUUCUGUUGUUUUCUUUUCAUUUGGAUGGCUAUGAUAAUGUGACAUGUUACACCUAACAGUGUUGAAUAAAUCCUGCUUUCCAAACAGUC